UGAGACAAACGCCUUCUGACCUUCAGUGAUAAAACAGGGUUUAUUUGCUUUCAAGCUACAAUAUAUUUUACUUGUCCGCCGUUUGCUCCUUAACUAUGGAGAAAGAAAGUUUAGACACUGCAAGUACUUGUGUUGAGGUUGAGGCAGCCACUGCACUAGGAGCAGCAUUUGAAGGCAAUGAGCCGUCAAUGCACCCAACAGAGGCAGAGAGAAGCGUCAACGCGCCACUGUUUUCUUCGUUCAACCCCUCGGCUGCGGCUCGUCUGUCUGCUUGUUGUCAUGGAGGAGCCAAGAUGGCGGUCCUGGCCUAUAGCCUAGGCAAACGAGAAAUAAAUCAGUAUUUCAGUAUAAAAAAUGCGAAGUUACUGUCUCUUGUUGCAGUUAUUCUACUCACGGUGUUCCAUACCGUCUCUCGAUAUUAUGGAGGUGGGGACACCUGUGAGUGGCUUCUCUCCAGUGGUCGAUUCUUGGGGGAGAGUGUCUGGCAGCCAUAUGGCUGUAUGAUGCACAAGUAUAGAAGCACUGAAGCAAAGAGCUGCCUUCAUCAGAAAAGAGUGGCGUUUAUUGGAGAUUCCAGAAUUCGUCAACUUUUCUAUUCAUACAUUGGAAUAAUCAACCCGGAUAUCAGAGAGGAUGGGCCCAAGCAUGAGAACAUUCCAUUUGAAGACCGAAGCUCUUCGGUGAAUGUGGAUUUUCUUUGGUAUGCUGAAGUUAAUAACUCUUUGAAGGAACGUUUAAUAGCAUGGAUAGAGGACACCAAGGCAAAGCCAGAUAUAAUCAUCAUGGGAGCCGCCACUUGGUCAAUCAAGUUGCACAGUGGCAGCUCUGAAUCACUCCAGCAGUACAGAAGCAACAUGUCUUCCAUCUCACAAUUCCUGGACAAGCUGGCAGAAGACAGCGAAGUCUAUUGGGUCCUGCAAGAUCCUGUGUAUGAGGAGAUGUUGAGCGACAGCAGGAAGAUGAUCACCAACCAGCAGAUAGACCAGUACAAUGAUGCGGCUCUCAGCACGCUGAAUAGCAGCAAGAGGAAUGGCAAGGCCAGGGUGAAGAUCCUCAGCGCGUCGCGGCAGGCUGCCAUAGAGACCAUCGCCGAAUCUGUGGAUGGCCUCCACCUACCCGAGAGCACCAGGAACGUGGCAGCCAUGGUUUUAAUGAACUCUGUGUGCAACAAAGUCCUGAAGCCGGUGGACGGGUCGUGCUGCAGCCCCCUCCCCGCUCCGAACGUCCUCCAGAAGCUGUCGGCGCUGGUCUUCCUGGCCUCUGCCGCAGGCUUCGUGGCACUCCACGCACUGGGCUACAACCGGAGGCACAAGAGCAAGCCACCGUCGGACAUGGAGAGUGGCGAGGAGAAGAAGCCGGCGACGGCUGUGGCUGGACUGAGGAGCCCUUUGCAGGCUGUCUGCAGGAUGGGCCUCAUCAUGGCCUACUUCUACCUGUGCGACCGUGCCGAUGUCUUCAUGAAGGAGCGCAAGUUCUACACCCACUCAACCUUCUUCAUCCCGCUGAUAUACAUAUUUGUCCUGGGGAUCUUCUACAGUGAAAACAGCAAAGAGGCAAAGUUGCUUAACAGGGAGCAAACAGAUGAGUGGAAGGGCUGGAUGCAGCUCGUAAUCCUCAUAUACCACAUCUCUGGCGCGAGCGCAUUCAUCCCUGUCUACAUGCAUGUUCGAGUCCUGGUAGCAGCAUAUCUUUUCCAAACGGGCUAUGGCCAUUUUUCAUUCUUCUGGUUAAAAGGAGACUUUGGACUUUACAGAGUUUGCCAGGUCCUGUUCCGCUUGAACUUCCUGGUCUUCGUGCUCUGCCUAGUCAUGGACAGGCCCUACCAGUUCUACUAUUUUGUCCCCUUGGUGACGUUCUGGUUCGCCGUCAUAUACGCAUCUUUAGCGAUGUGGCCACAGAUACUUCAGAAGAAAGCCAAUGGCAGCGGGUUCUGGCAUAUGGCAAUCCUAUUAAAACUGUUCGGUGUGCUGUCUGUAAUAUGCGUCUUUGCAUACUCACAGGGGAUGUUUGACGCUGUGUUUUCUGUCUGGCCAAUAUCAACACUCUUUGAACUGCAGGGCAGUGUUCACGAAUGGUGGUUUCGGUGGAAGCUUGAUCGAUUUGCCGUCAUACAUGGGAUGCUCUUCGCCUUUGCCUACUUGGUGCUGCAGAAAUGCCAGGUUCUCUCAGAGGGCAAAGGGGAACCGCUCUUUUCCAACAGGAUAUCCAACUGCUUGCUUUUCAUUUCCGUGGUGUCCUUCCUGACCUAUUCUAUAUGGGCCAGCAGCUGCAAAAACAAGACUGAGUGCAACGAACUGCAUCCAUACAUUUCAGUCCUACAGAUUUUGGCUUUUAUUCUAAUCAGGAAUAUUCCUGGUUACGCCCGCUCUUUGUAUAGUUCCUUCUUCGCGUGGUUUGGCAAGAUCUCGUUAGAGCUGUUCAUCUGCCAGUACCACAUCUGGCUGGCGGCGGACACCAAGGGCAUACUGGUGCUCGUGCCCGGCAACCCUAUGCUCAACAUCCUCGUCAGCACCUUCAUCUUCGUGUGUGUAGCGCACGAGAUCUCCCAGAUCACCAAUGAGCUGGCCCAGGUGGCCAUCCCCAAAGAGACGGGCGCCCUUCUGAGGAGGCUCCUGGGCGUGGCCGGCGUCCUGGUCGCCAUCCUCCUGCUGUCUAUGCUGGACAAGGGCUGGCGUUGAGGGUCAUGUGACCACCUGUUGCAUAUGCGGGGGAGGGCAGUGGCUCAAAAAAAACCAUCCCAAUCACCUGGGCGACAUCCAAACUCUCAACGGACACAGACAGAAAAACGGAUAGUCCACCCCGAUCUUGCUGCCCUGAGGGGAAGAAAGCUAACUAUUUCAGAACUGAAUUUCCACUCUUAACUCUGGUUUACAAUAAGCUGUACAGUACACAAAUUUCAAGUUUACUUUCGCAUUCAGCAAACUGAACCCUACGGGUAGUAAAGCAAGACCGCUUCUUACACUUGGAACUGAGUGUGAUAAAUACAGGUGGUUAGCCAUCCCAGCCUAGUAUUCACACCACACAAUUACUUGAGGAGAUUUACCUCCGUCCAUGUGGCAAAUUCUUAAAGUGGUAGUGUAACGAUGACUCCCGCGGCACAGUCAAGCUCUGAAUUACUUAUUGGAUGUACAGUAUUUAACUGUGGAAAUCUGUUUGCUAUUGUUCCUUCCUUUUGUUUUAGUCAUAGCCAAGCCUGCUUCGGGAUGAAGAACCAUACUGAAACUCGCCUAAAUUAUCUUUUUGGACCAUGUGUGACAUGCAGUUUUAAGGAACUCGAAAUUAAUUGCCCAUUGAUUUUCAUGUUGAAGUUAUCAGGCCCAUUUAAAAGGGGAAACUACCACUGGUGGGCAUUGCAUUUUAGCACUAAGACGAUAUCUCCGAAGACACUCUUUGCAAUGUAGGUAGUGUGAUAGCCCACUCAUGCCAUUGUAAAGGCAACUUGGCCUUAUACCGCAAAAACUAUUUCCUAACCUUUCCUAAUAUCUUUUGCUGUUGCAAGCUCUUCCAGAAGAGAGUGGGCAGGAGAGUUAUACAUUUAAAUUUGAUGUUCAUUACAAGUCUUGCUUUUAAAUGGCCUGCAAUAUUCUGAAAAUAUUUUGUAAAUACGAGAAGUGAACACUGCAUAUUUUUUUUUUUUUUUUUUUUUUUUUCUGUAACCAUGACGUGCCAUGGAAAUGCGACGGACGCCGACAGUAGCCUAGCUUUAGCUACUUUUACUGUUGCUUUUCAGAGAAUACAGAGUUGGAGUGUUUGUGUUACAAAAAGAAAGUACAAUGGCCGAGAUGCUUGACCUGGGCUUUAACUGUAACUGCAUUAUCCUGAACUUUGAAGUAUAAUGCUCCCUUCAAACAAUUAAUUGUUCAUGACUGCUGAACUGUCAAUACCUCUAGUUUUACCUACGUAGAUGCUGCUUACAUCACACAUCAAUUAUGAAGUUGAAAUAUUGGUAAACAUCACUUCACUUAAAUGUAUGUUCAAGGGUCAGAUUUAAUCUGGGACUUAUGCCUAUAUGUUGGGUUUCACCUGUUUUUGUAGUGAACUGCAGCCUUCUGCCUUAUUGCCUGGCUGGGUCAUGGCUGCUGUUGGAAUCCAUGCAGAUGUAUAGAUGUUCUCUGAAAUGCAGUCUCUGGAUUUCUGCACACCAAGAUAGAACAUCUCACAAAGCAGUUUGGCCUCUUACGACAGUGUUCUGAUAAAUGAAAAACUAUGAAUAUUUCAAAGUGAAUAGAUGGUUCCCGUUUUUAGAAGGUGAAGCUAAGGCAUUGCUUGUAUGGGGGCCAGAGCUCCAAAUGCUAUUGACUUUAAUUAAUUAUGAAUCUGGAGUUUUAAUGGACAUGAUAUUUUAGGGGGUAUGACUGAUUUGGGUGGGCCUUGAUAUUAUUUUGUUUCUUACAGUACAGACUAAUGCAUUGUUAAAGCUGAACCGACAUUUAUUUAUAUGUGAAAUACAUGUUUACCUAUAUUGAUUUAUAUCGUAGACAUUCACAUUACCUUAUUUUGAGACCAAAGCGGUAAUGAAUUGUUUUGUAUAUUUGGUUGGUUUUGGUCAUAUAUUAUUUAAAGAAACUACAGCUAUAUGUUUAUAACUCUCUUUGUUCCCAGGGUCAUUGGUAGAAGUGUUAAAUGUAACUUCUUUUGUGGUGUCUUAAAAAUGUGAACAUUUUACCAGUUUUAUUUAUAAAUGCCUUUAUUUGGUUGUACAAGUCAUUGUUAAGGAUAAAGUCCAUAAAAGAG